AUGGCAAACUUCUCUGUAGAAUGGCUGUCCAGAAGUUAUUAUGAGGAUGCUGCGAUCCAUACAAAGGUCCACGAAGAAAUGGAGGAAUUUGCAAAGAGAUCAAGAAACCAAUACUCAACGACCUCUCCAAACAAUAGUUGCGGUCACACUUCGGGCUCCGAGAGCGAGUUGGGGGAUGACAGCGAGGGGGAGGCCACCCAACAACGAAGGAUGAGGACCAAGUUUACCUCCGAGCAGAUCAGCAAUUUGGAAAAGGAAUUCAGCAAGCACAAAUACCUGGGUGCAGUGCAGAGGGGGAAGGUUGCAGAGAAGCUGAAUCUCUCCGAAACUCAGGUGAAAACUUGGUUCCAAAACAGAAGGAUGAAGCUGAAACGAGAGGUCCAGGAUCUGCGUCCGGACUUCCCAUCGCUCACCGUAGCCGGUCUGCUGCCGCCUCGGCUGUUUCAGCACCCCGCCCUCAGUGGACAGUUCCCCACCGGCAACGGCCACUACCCGCAGCUGCAGCCGCUCCACAGGACGACCCUGCCGGCCUCUCUCCAUCACCAGCACCGCUCCCACCCUCUCACCAUACCGCCACACUUCUACUGA